GAUAAUCCAUUUUUGGGCUUACAGAUGCAGUCAAGCAUAUAUAAAAACCUGCAGUGAAACCUCAGCUUCACAAGUCCACACAGAGGAUCCAAGGUCUGCUGGGAUGGCUCGUACGUCUGUUUUCAGGUUCUCAGCUCUGGCUCUGCUGCUUCUGUCUGCCUGCUGUUGGGCCGACAGUGAGACAGAGGAGGACUCAGCUGAGCUUUCUGUCUCUGAACUUCUGGAGAGAGCCAACAGUAAUCUGAUCCGUUCCGACAAUGAUCCCAUUCUGAUUGACGGAGACGUCGCCAUCGACAGCGAGGCAGAGAGAAAUGCCGAUCCCUGCACCAGCCGAGGCUGCAUGUGGGGCAAGUGGACUGAUGGGAAGGUCUACAUUCCUUAUUACAUCGCCAGUCACUUCUCCUCCCGUGAGAAGGCCAUCAUCACCCGUGGUCUGGAGUCCUUCUCUUCCUUCUCCUGCAUCCGCUUCAGGCCCAGCAAAAGUAGUGACCGCGACUGGCUGAGCAUCGAGUCCCAGAAUGGCUGCUACUCCUUUGUUGGCCGUCGUGGCGGUAAGCAGGUGGUGUCUCUGGCCCGUAGGGGAUGCCUUUACCACGGAACCGUCCAGCAUGAGCUGCUCCAUGCUCUGGGAUUCAACCAUGAACAGACACGCUCUGACAGAGACAACCACAUCAGAGUCAUGCUGCAAAAUGUUCAGUCUGGAAUGGAGCACAACUUCAGGAAGAUUGCCACCCUCAACCAGGGCACUCCCUAUGAUUACAACUCUGUCAUGCAGUACCACAAGUUUGCCUUCUCCAAGAACAACCAGCCCACCAUGGUCCCCAUCCCUAACUCCAACGUGUCCUUUGGCAACGCUAAGGAGAUGAGCCGUAAUGACAAGGCCAGGCUCAACACACUCUACAAGUGCUAGAAGCCUGUUCGGAUGUGCUGAAAGACAGAUCAGAAGGAAGUCUCCUCGUGCUCACUGAACAACAGAAGCUGCAGAUCUGAAGUCAUCAGCACAACAGUCAAUGAUCAUUCAAUAAAGUUACUUUGACUUGA